CUCUUUUUACCUGGUCUCGAUUCGGGAGUUCCCACGCCGUCUUCACCUUCUUGGAGAGUAGAGCACUUCUCAGCUCAGAGCGCGACAAUUGCCCGAACCAGUCGCCAUGGACGCGGGGGACGAUGAAUCGUCGCCAUCUCUCAAGCUGGACGAACUCGUUCCUCCACGCCUCGAAGACGCGGGCCUCGAAGAUUGCGCGCUGCCUCUCGAAUCCAUCCAGCUGGCAUUCCUCAAAGCCGCCGCCGCCGCCGCCGCCGACGACGACGACGACGCCGACGACGACGCCGACGGAUCCGACGCUCCCGGAGGCGACGAUCGCCUCGACGGCCCGCGCCCCUACGCCAACGGCGACUCCGGUGUCGUGGCUGCUGGGGCUCUGUCCGAGCCCGACGGACCCGCGGAUGACGCGGCGGGUCCUUGUUCGAGAGGCGACGGGGGCGAGUUGGAGGCGCGCGUGGACGAGGCGGAGGGUUCGCCGGUGCAGGAAAUGCAGAAGUUGGAGAUUGGGAAGAGCGUGAGCGAUUUGAAAUCUUCGCGAUGAGGGCGGAAAGGGCUCUGUCGCGGUGCUGCAAUUGUAGAGUUGCGGAGCUCGUUCUUCUCGAUGAAGCAUUUUGUGUCGUUCUUGUAAGUGAGAAAAGUCCUCUGCCCCGUGUUGGUGUCCCGUUCUUUAUUCCCUUCCUAUGUAUCUGGUGUUGAUAGCCGGUGAUCAUUCCAUUGGGUCAGUUCAAUUUACAUGCUAGGUAGAAAAAGAAGGCGUGAUGAUGAUUGGUAAUGGAUUUCGCAAUGGUAAUUGGUGAUCGAGGCAUUGCUUUAUCGUACUACCUUCUUGUAAUUGAAUUAGCAGGUGCUGCUAUUUUACAUCCAGAAAUGGAAUUCCACCACUGAUUGGUAAGUAAUAGUAUGGCGAUUCAUCUGUGCAA